UCUUUGAAAUCUCAACCUGGAGUUUGGGUCCUCUUUUGCGCCAUGUCUGCAGCGCGAAAGGAGCGCCAAGAGCAGAUGGUCGCGGUCACGCUGAAGCUGGUGGGCCACGAUGAGCGGUCCCAACUCAAGGUAAAGAUGCCCAAGACGAUCCAAAUGACCAAAGUCAAGGAGCGCGUGGAGAUGGAGUUCGACGUGCCGGCGGAAGAGCAGAUCAUCCUCUUCCAGGGGAAGUAUAUUGCGAAGCGCUAUAUGACGCAGAAGGAGAAUGCCUUUCAGCCCUUGAACAUGCCGGAUCUGGAGGAGAUCGUUAAAGAAUCGGGCGAGGAUGGCCUUCAGAUGACAGUGGUGCACAAGCCCUUCCGCCUCGACAACUUCAUGAAGAAGGAGAACGUCCAAGAGGACGACUUCGACGUGAAACUGAGGUACUCGGGCGCCAGCCUGCUGCACCGGGCCGUCAGGCGCUGUGAGAUCAGUGUGCUGCAGGAGCUGCUGGUGAAAGAGGAGUUCACUCGAACCAACGCCCGUGACCGUGCGGGGCAGACGGCGCUGCAUACCGCGUGCACAGCCUGGCAACGAGAGAGUGCGGAGAUUUUGCUGGAGAGUGAAAACUUCCAAGCGGUGUACAAGAAGGAUCUUGAGGGCCGCAACGCCCUGCACUACGUGGCCUGCUGGGGGGACAAGGAAACCGCCCGGCGCCUGUUGGCGCAUCCCAGGUUCAAGCGGCGGCACAUUGAGGCGGAGGACUUCCACGGCUAUACGCCGCUGCAGCUCGCGGAAGCCAGCGUCCACAAGGAGGUGGUUGAGGCGAUCAAGGAGGCCUUGUCCACCAAGCCAGAGGAUGACGACGAGCUGGAGCCAGACGAGGAGCCCUCGCGCCCCAACUCCCCCACCGCCACGGAGAUGGCGUCGCUCGCGGGCGCCUCUGAGACCAUGGUGUCGGAGCCCGAUAAGGCGGCGUGAGCUGAGGCGCAAGGCACGAGACCGUGUUCCCAACGGCGAGCAGAACGACGAUUCGGGCGGAUCCCUUCUGAAGGACAAGAAGCCACGCAGAGAGCAGCAGAUCGAAUCGCUGAUCCAUGAAUGUGCAGCGUCGACCUGUGGCGGACAUUUGGCACAGGUGAGAGUGGGACUCCGCUUAGGCAGAUUCGGCGCGAAUUCCGGGCGGAAAUGGCUUCACCAGCUGACUGUUUCCCUUUUUGCUUGAGC